AUGAAGUGCGCCAGUCGCGGACUGGAUUGUCCGGGUUUCAAGACAGUAUACCUCAAAUGGGAUCAAGGCAUUGCCAGCAGAGGUCGGCUCGCUGGCAAGUCAACACCAAUUAUCAAGGGAGCCGACAAGCGAAUGCGAAAUCUGUCUUCCAAGGAACGCAAUCAGUGCAAAGUCAAAGAUCCUAGCAGAGGCGUGCGAAUACGCGACAGAAUAUCGGGCACGAGCGAUGAUGAACAGGUCCAAACAACUUCAAUACAAAUCGCCCCGACAGCAGCAUCACCUAUGCUAAACCCAGCGUUUUAUCAUGUGGAAGCUACGCACGUAGUUGACCCAUUUCUGCAGUCGUCCAUAUUCAGCAGCUUAAUCAAUCACUUUUGUACAAAGGCCGUUUCCCGACUCACUUGGAUUGACCAGCCGCGCCACCCUUUGCGAACUAUUGUCCGACAACUUCUUCAAAAGUCCAAAGCCGUGCGAUUCUCCGUGGGGUGCCUUGCAGCUGCUCACAUGUCAAUGGUGCCCAAUAUCCCGGGCAAUCAAGCCAGCGCUCUUUUCCACAUAUAUGCCUCCUUGCGUGACGAAAGUAUGCGAACACUCAGCGCCAAGAUGCGCCGAGGGCUACCGGGUCGCUCUCCUGAGACGUCGAGUGCUUCAGACAGCCCUGUCGUUAUCGAGCUUUUGGCGACGAUGCUCGUUCUUUGUUAUGCCGAGGUUCUGGUUCCUGGCUCCAAAGAUUGGAGGCUUCAUCUUCGUGGAUGCCGAACCAUUAGAGAUCUACAUCCGCUCCAAGACUGGUUCAAAGAGUCAAAAGAUCCGGUUAUUAGAUUCUUGCUAAAGGAAAUAUCCGAUUUGGAAAUGCUGACCGGUAUUUCCAUGUUUCACCAAGAUUUCACUCCGAUACGCGUCUCGCCGUUGCCAAGCUCAACAGACUCGGGAUGGGCUUUUACCAAACUAAUCUACGCCAUCACGGAGCUAGAAAGAGAGAGGUACUACAUAGUACAAGCCGGAAACACGUUGCCAAGCAUUGAUAUGAGUGUUUGGUGCAGGAGAGCUGAAGAAGCCCACAACAGAUCUCUGGCAUGUAUGGACUGCCUGUGUGAAAGCCAGCAAGGCCUGCGUGAUUGCUUCGAGGCUGUCUCUCGGGCGCAUUAUUUUGCUACAAUUAUAUACGCCUACCAAGCGUUCAAAACACCAGCCGAAAAGGCACUAGCUGUCCCGGAAUUGUUGGAGCCAUUGCUAGCUGAUAUUCGGUUUGUCAUGGCAGGGCCAACUGACGAACUGUUUCACGAUCUGUUCUUUCCACUAUUUAUUGCUGGAAUCGAAUGCGUGUAUGACCCGCUGAGGCGCUCUGAGAUUGACGGCUUUUUUAUCGAAUCCCUCUCACGUACCGGCGUAUGGUGCAACCACUCCGCGCUGCAAUUCUUAAGAUCAUUUUGGAGUGUGACUUCGACCUCGGAACACACAGUAAAUUGGAUGGACUUUGCUAGAGCAAAUCUCUCUUCAAUGGAGGCGUUUAUUGUAUUUUGA